CGCUUCACUGCUCACCUUCAACCGUACCCUGGACCGACGGGUCCCGCUGCUCCUGUCUACGCCGCCAUGAACCCCCAGUACCCGCUGAACGGCAGCCCAUACCCGUCCUCGCCGUCCCCGUUCCACCAAGGACAACAGUCGGCGGGUUCGCCGCCUAACGGUCAGACUGCCACCACCCCGACCAUGCCUACGCAUGCUGCUGCCCAGUACCAGUAUGCGGCUGUACACCCCCAGUAUAGUCACCACCCGUACCCGCACUACCCCCAGUAUCCGGUCUCGGGCAUGAUGAUGUACCCUACCCAACCAGGUGCUCAUCCGGAGUCGAGCAGUCAGCAUGCGGCGGGGUCACCAGCCCCGCCGUCCUCGACAGGUAAACGUAAAAGGAAGUAUACCCUUGACAGUGUCAACGGCAGGACGUCUGACGAAGAAGGUGCAGAUUCUGGCGCGGACAUUCAACGCGUCGGGUCGGGCUCUGGGCAGUCGCUUGUCGACAGCAAGAAGCGCACCAAGACCCAGCGCGCCUGCGACAGCUGUCGCUCCCGGAAAAUAAGAUGCGACAUCCUAACGGACGCUGAUCCACCGGUAUGCCAGCACUGUAAACAGUACUCCUUCGAAUGCACCUUCUUCCUCCCCAUCACCGAAACCCGCUUCAAGAAGAAGAAAAUGGAGGAGGAAGCGGCCGCGGCCGCUGCAGCCGCUGCAGAGAAGGAGAAGGAGGUGGCUGAACGGAGUACGUCCUCGCCCCAGGCUGAGCACUCCAAAGCGAGUGACAUCAAGGUUUACGGCCCCACUUCCGCUACGCAUCUAUUGCACUCGCAGGCCCUGGUGUCUUCACGAGCGUACGAGGCGUACGACCUACGCUACCACCACUCAUGGGACGUGAGCUCGGACAACGCUGGGACUGGCAUCAUCCGCGUUCACGAACCAGAACAGGGGGAGCUGCAACUGGCGCUCCCGAAGCCGAUCGACCUGCGUGUCGAGCGCGACGUUGUUGAGAAGCUCGUGAACUCCUAUUUUACGGACGUGGCACCGAUGCUGCCCGUGGUGACCCGAGAGGAGUUCAUUGCGAGCAACCCACCGCCUCCAAUACUGCUAUACUCCAUUUGUUUGGUCGCGGCGACACGGCGGGAUGUCCCGCAGCAGGUGUUCGAGUCCGUUCGAUACACCGUCAACAGCCUCAUAAAGGCUGAAGACGUGUUAUCGACGGCGUCGAUCGUGAACAUGCAGUCCCUGCUUAUCCUUGCGAUGGUGGGCGACUGCCACUCCCAGUACGUGCCCCACGCCUUAUCAGCGCUGUGGGUGCGUCUAGGAUGUGCGAUCCGCAUGGCGCAAGACUUGGGUUUACACCGCGCCGAGUCUGUCCCGCAGAACAUUGAGCUCCGCAGACGACUUUGGGGCGUCUGUGUGAUCAGUGACAGGUGGAUAAGCCUCACCUUUGGACACCCGUACAUGAUCGACAUCAGGGACUGCGACGCCCGCUUACCUUCGUCGGGCGACCCGAAUGACUUGUACUUGGACGAGCUCGUGCGUCUGAGCGUCAUCCUCGGCCGCGUCCAGAAAGCCAUAUAUACCCCGGCCGGCUUGAACAUGACGAACGACGAGGAGCUGCAUUCGCUCCUAGCAGACAUUGAGGCCUGGAAGGACAACCUCCCUGCGGAUUUGCAGUUCCGUGGGCCAGAAAGCCCCCGCAGUGCCGGUCUUUUAUUCAUGCUGUUCACCACCGUCAACAUGAUAUUUUGGCGGGUGUUCAUGCGUAUAUCGUACGCGUGCCCGGCGCAUCUCAAGUUCUCGCUUACGGUCGAGAAGUGGACGGCACUCGUGAAGAUGUCCGGGGACGCGAUCGACUGGCUGGACACGCACGAGACGCUGUACGACGUCUGGCUCCUGGUCGCGUACUGCACGACCUCGUGUGCGCUCAUUCAGUACCACACGUACGCGCGGCGCCAGGACCCGGACGCGCAGGCGAAGCUCAAGAAGCUGCGGGACUGUGUGCGCAAGUGGGAGGCAUCGCUCUCGCCCGACCACAUGUCCGCUCGACGAAAGACUGCAGAGAUCAUCGCGCUCCUGUACGAGGCGACGCAGGCGCCGAUUGCCCCGGGCAACGACCCGCCCGCGCUGAACCCGACGGGCGGCGUGAAGGGCAUGCCGCCCCCAGCGGCGCUCAAGUUCCAAAAGGACGCGACGCGCCCUGGCGGCGGCGUGUUCGUCGUGAAGGCGCCGAUGGACAAGGACCGGCUCGAGAACAUGCCCGAGGGCACGAUCAUCAGCCCCGAGGCUGUCGCAGGCAAUGCUGGAGACGGUGCGGAUGCGGGAAGCGGGACAAGCGGGGACGAAGGCCGUGGUGGGGCCGCUCAUAUGCAGCAGGACCAGCAGCAGCAUGCCCAACGGCAUCAACACCAGCACCAACACCCGCACCACCACCAAAUGCAGCAGCAGCAGCAACAUGCAAUGCAAAUGCAAGCGGACCAGGCCGGGCCGUCCUCGAUGGUACAUUUCACGCCGCUGGGCGGCAACUUCCCGAACAUGAACCCCGCGCUGGACAACCAGAUGGGUUUGCCGGAGAACGUGCAGGUCAUGAACGUCCUCGACCACCCGCAGGGCGGCAACAUGAACGUGCUCGAGCAGCAGGCGAUGGCGGACGCCGGCUUCCUCGAGGGCAUCCCGCCGUCCAUGUUCGACUGGGGCCAAUGGGAGCACUUCUUCUCGCGCUUCACGCCGUACCAAAUGCGCAUGAGCGGCGUGGACGCCGCGAUGGCGGCGAACCCCGCGUCCCCGCAGGAUCAGCAGCCACAGAACCCGCGGUACUUCCCCACCCCAGGCGACCCGGGCCUGUAGUCGGCGCGCCGCGGCGCCCCCGCCACGCGUGUCUCCCUCGACGGACGCGCCCUGGGCGUACGCGCGAUGGAACGCCGCCGGCGCACGACGCCUGCCCUGGGCGCGCAAAUAGAGCGAGCGGGCGGCGGUCACGGGGCGGGGCGACCCACUGGCCGCCCGCUGCACGCGUGGCUGCGUGACAUCAUCGUCGUGUUGUGUUGUGCUGCUGUUCGGUCCGCCGCUGCUGCUUCCCUGCUGUGUCUGGAACUCGUUUGCUCGUCCGACGCUCGUACGCGUAAUUUUCCCUCACGCUCCCCGACCCCGCCCUCCGUACUACCCCCGCCGCUUUUACGCUUUUACAAGUAACUUACGACGUGGUCCCCUGUACAUAUCCGCCCCCACCUCCCUGUUUGAACGCGUGUGCGACAAGUACUGUACUACGGCAUCUGCCGUUUUCUCUUUUAUCUACGUUUCCUUCGUCCUCGCAGUUAUCGUGUCGCUAUCCUGAUUCCUCUUGGCAAUUAC